AUGUGGUGGGGGUUGAGAGUGGGAAGUAGUCUACCUAAGAGGUUAAAGCCAGCUUUGCCCCUUAGCUCUCAAUCACAGCUCAAGGGGACAGAGGUGACACAAGCAAGAGACAGUGAGCAUCUUCUGGAUUCUGGGAUCAUGAAAGGCUUGAAGAUGUCUCUCCUGGUGGUCCUUUUCCUAGGGAUAUUCCUUCAACACAGUAACUCAGCUCGAGCACCAAAAUUAGGACAAGAUUGCUGCAAUACCUAUGUAAAAGGAGCCAUUCCCCUCCCUAAAUUGGAGUCAUGGUCCAAGACUUCAACAUUUUGUCGCAAGGAGGCCAUUGUAUUUGUUACUCUUCAAAAGAAAUACAUCUGUGCGGACCCCAAGAAAAAGUGGGUGAAUAAUGCAAUCAACUACUUGAAAAACAAGACUAGACCCACUACGCAACCUCCAAACACCAGUCAACUCAACUCAAAAACCCAAGUCAACCCCUCUCACCAAACUAAUUCAACUCAAUACCUCAACUCAACAUCUCCAACUAAAAGCCCUAUUCAUCUCAAAAAUUAAGCUUAACAUCAACUGUUGUGUUAAAUUGAGUUGAGUUGUGGUUUAUGGGGGCAGGAGAGAUUGGCCAGGAGAGGGAUGAGGGAAACUUCAUUGGUUCAUUUGGUUAUUAUUAGCCUGACCAUGGCCUCCCUCUUCUGUAUUAAAGUUCAGUUCCCAGCAACAUGCUGCCUGUGUUCUAUCUCCCUUGUGUUCAGAUGUUUGCCAAAUAGCCA